AUGGGAAUCUUGUUCGUUGUCAACGGGCUCUGGCUCGCCUCUUUUGCGUUAUUAGUUCGCAGUCAUGUGCAGGGAUUGAUAAUUGGUUAGAGCUUUUAUUUUUUUUUCAGAUGGGCGGUAGAGUUCCACGUAACGAACUAAAUGAUUUUAUUUAGAUUUUCCUUUUGGGUUAAUUGUAUGGCAGCCCCAUCAUUGGUGUUUGGUCACCAUCUAUGAUGAAGUAUUGAUCAAGGGAGUUAAAGACAUUUUCGAAUUAUGCUUGUGUAAUUUUGUAUUUAGAUAGGCAAUAUGACACCACCAUGGUUAUUAGGGUAUGGUUUAAUUUAAUAUUUAUAGCUACUGCUUGAAGGAAGUCUUCAUUAAUACUGGGAAGGAGUGUAAAUUGUAUAGGUGACCUGAUGAAAAUCGCUGCACCUGCAUGGGUCGUGUUAUCAGAGUGGUUAGCUGAAAUUGUUGUGUAACCAGGAAUUGCAAAUUUGGAAUUGGUUGUAAAAUGGGUAUCUAAGAUUAAAGCUAAGUCGAUUAUUUUUUUAUUUAGAGUUGUUAUUAAUUCAUUUCUGUGGUUUACUAGAUCGUUAGUAUACCAUAACAGGAUGACUAGGGAUUAUGAGGUAAAAAAUUAUUUAAAAUUUUGGGUGAGCAGGCGAUCGAGAAUAGUGGUGAGGAGGGAUUAAGAGGAUUUUUUAAUGAUUUAAAUUUGUUAAUUAAAUUGGUUAGAGGGGAGAAAUCAUUAGAUUGGGCUGUAGAAGGUGGAUGCGAAUUUUGGUGGUUUGUGGUUUGGACGUAAGAAUGAGAGGGUAGAUUUGUUUGUAAAACUGGCAACCUUUGUAGUUGGCCGGAUGGUUGCCUUUUGAUAGAGCACAAGUGCGGGUGUGUCUCUAGUUUUCACGCAACUGGGUGAUGAAUGGUAUUCCUCACAGUAAACGCAUCUCGGUGGAUAGAUACAAUACUUCCUAGAGUGGCCAUACUCUUGGCAGUUGAGACAUUGCACGAUGUCUUUCCUUUUGUGUGGUUCUUCGAUUUUGUGCGAAGUAAUAAUAUUAGGUUAAAAAUGUCUUUAUUUCUGCCAGCUCAAGGUCGAUAAAAAAAAAAAGGUAAUUUAUUUUUUGUGUUUUUAUGGAUAACAUUUGCCAUUUGGCGCACUGUGUAUCCUUUUUUUCGAUCGAAAUCCCGUCAGCCAUUGGUAUUAAUGGAUGCAAGUUGCGAAUGACAAUACGGAAGGAAUUUUUCUUCUCGUGGCUGAUAUGUGUGGUAUUGGACCUUACUUUCUUUUAGGAAGUGGAUAAUGGCAAGAUCUGGUUUAGUUGACUGUAUUUUUAAAUCAUAAGUAGAUGAUUUAAAGAAUUUGACCGAACCAACCAGCCUUAACAGUUUUAACAUUCUUAAUAUUAAACCUACUUACAAUUUUCUUUUUGUACAUACACGGUAUGUAAUUCUUAUUUUUAGACAUAGCGGUUGCAAAUAAAUCUCUAGAAACCAUAAAUGAUCGUACAAAUAUAUUUGAGAAAAUUAUAACGUCCAUUAUUUAUAAGAUGUUUUGCUACUUUGUAUGGAAAAAUCACAUUAAAGUAUUGUUACCGGCGAGGGGAACCGUUAAAGUUCCAGUCAUAUUCAACCAUAACUUUGCUUAUUCGUCAAUAUCCGAAGAUUACAUUAUUGCAUUUGAUAAUACAAAUUACACGAUUCCAAAUCUGGUAAUAUUCUCGAGUAAUUUUUUCUAAUGGUGUUGGGUUAAGUUAGGUUAGGCAAAAAUAAUGAGGUUUGUUUUCAAAUCUAUAGAAAAUAAAUGUUAUCGGUCACAUUAAAGAUAAUAUAACAGUAAAAUCCAACGUGAUUGAUGUUGGUCUAUGCUAUUUAACGAGUUCGGUGCAGAUCAUCAGUUUCCAAUUACAGAGUAACAACAGAGUGGUAGUACCGUUUGAAGUAACAGUACCUCAAGAACUGUGCAAACAUGUAGAACUAAACCCAUCAAAAGGAUACCUAAAAGCUGGGUCUUCUUUGGAUAUUUUUAUCCGGAUUUGUUUGAAGUUUGUUUCGAUAUCAAUAUCAAUAAUAUUAAUAUUGGAAUUCACAAUAUAACAGUGGAAUUCGAAAAAACAGAUUUUAAUACAAACAUUUUAUAGGUUGGACAUUAUACAGCCUGACUGUUGUAUGUACUUUAACGCUGACAGUGGUUUCUUAGAUUUCCCUGUCCGCAUUCAUCCGUCAAACUCAAAAAAAUAUUAUGAAGUACGUGUCUUGGUUGUAGUUACUACUCCAUUUGGUUUGAAAAUAACUCCCGAUACUUUGAAUUUUGGUACGGUUAACACGACAGAAACAGUCGUUCGGAUAAUUACUUUAGCCAAUCAUUCAAGAACUACAAUGGAAUACAGCUUUUUAAAACUACCAGAAGUAAUAUUGAAUUCGUAUUUUUUUUUUUCAAAAGUGAUAAACAAAAUACAUAAGUAAGAUACUUAUUGUAUCAGAAAUUAUUAACUUUAUUUGGAUUUUUUUUAGAACAUUUAAAAAAUACGUAACUUUAAAAUGUUAAUAAAUUUCGGUUAUUUUUUUUCAUUCAUAUAUUUAUUUUGAUUUUCAAUUUUUUGGUUGUACUGAAGAUUCCAAAAGUAUGGUUCACGACCCAAAAUUUGGUCACGAUCAUAUUUUUGUUGGGUCACGUUAUAUUUUUAAAUAAUAUAUUUUUUAGAUUCUGAGUGUAGCGAGAAAUGUAUUGGUUUUACAAUGAUGUUUAUUUUUUUUCUAUCCGUGAACAACUUUUCUACCAAAAAUCUUGUUCCAAUUUACAAGCACUUGUAGCACUUUUUCGGAAAGGAAAUCUGAUUGAAGAGGUACUUUAGAAAAGUCUUUUUUUGAUUUUCCUUAGAGUUUUUUCAAUAUAUUGUAAAAACAGGAAAAAAACUGACGAAAAACGGGAAAAUGUACGAAUGUAGGUAUUAGGUAAAAAAAAAAAAAAAAAUAUGGUUUAUUUUUAUCUGUGAACCUUUCUACCAGCUAUUUCACUCCGAUUUACAAUUAUGCCACUUUUUCUGAAAGGCAAUCUCACUGUAGUGGUACUUUAAAGAGGUCAUUUUUUGAUUUUCCUAAGAGUUUUCUCAAUAAAUCGAUAAAACGGGAAAAUUUAUGAAAUGUAGCUAUAAGUAGGAUUAAUGUAGGUAUUACGGACUUUUUUUUUCCUGUGAACAAAUUUUCUACCAGCAAAUUGGAUCUAUAUUUAAAAAUGAGAUUAUGCCACUGAACAAACUUAAUAAAUCAUCCAGAAAUGAAAAAUAAACAAAAAAAUUAUCGUGCCACAAAAAGUUUGAAAACCUCUAGGUUAUAAUAUUUAAUUAUUUAAUUAGUUACAUUAUCAACAUUAUGAUUGUUAAUUGUUUAUACUUUAGCACCAUAGAUAAUAAAAAAGACUGACAUAAUUCGUAUUUAUGUGGGCCACUGUUGUGGAUAAGAAGUUGGGAAGGUAGUAGAGGAGAAAUUUAAUGUACUUUGUAAGUAAAAAUUAAACAUUGCUAACAAAAAAGCCAUUCUAAGCGGAGUUCAGUUGAUAGUGUUGCUUUGUCAACAAUAUAUAUAUCAUAUUGUAAUAAAAUAAUUACAUAUACAAAAUAUGCAAAUGAACUAAUAGUAAAAAAAAAAUAACUUAUUAAUAUGUACCAACAGUGCCGGAUCUAGACUUUUGGAUGCCUGGAGCAAAUGUUUUUAUGAGGCCUUUAGCAGUAAACAAAUUAAAAAUACCCAAUAUCUAAGUAGUUAAGGAAAAAAGUGCAAACUUGCACUUUAUAAUCUACUACUGUACUAUCCACAUUAGAAUCGAAUUAGCUGUUAAGCGUUUAUUAAUUUUAUUAAAAAAUAAUUCAUAUAACCACUGAAACUUUUAUACCUAUAUACUAAAAUAUUUUGUGUUCACUGAAAGCUUCAUCCUCAUAGACCAAAUCAUAUAAAUACAAAUCAAUUUUUAUUUUUUUGAAGUUGAUAUUUUUUUUUUUCAUUAAUUUCCUAAGCCAAGAUUCAAAAAGUUUUAAAUUUUCAUAUAGAAUUCUGGUAUCCAAAUGCCUCCUGAACAUCUGCUGCCCGUGGCAAGUGCCUUUACAAAAACGGCAAAAACGGUUCUGUAGACGGCUCUGUAACCUUGUUUGUAAUAAUAAAUUAUCAUAGUAGAAGUUAUUUUACAUAAUACAUAAUUGCCUAGUAUCAGUGCGACGAUAGGUAUUUUCUUUAAAUUAUAAUACUCUGUAAUAUACUAAUAAAUAAUUUAAGUAAACUUAGUGUACUUUACUCAUUCUUUUUUUUUAAUAAAUUAAGUUUGUUAACUUCUGUACUACUAAAUAAAUGAAUGCCAACUGGUAUUCCAAUACUACUGAAACUAUCUUAAAAAUAGGAGAUAUGUGCAUAAACAGCUGUCCUAGGAUAAUGGGAACGGGUGUUUUGUCAACAAUAUAUAUUACCAAUAUAUACAAUGUAUAAUGUAUAUUAUACAUUAUAUACAUUAUGGUAAAAUAAUUAAAUAAUAUGCAUUUUAUAUUUUCUUUAAUGAUAUUUGUUUAAUAUAGUAUCUAUUUUCCUAUUUUCCCAACGUUUUUCCCAUUUAUUGAGAGAACUCCUGAACCUCCUUAAAGUCCCAGUACUUCCUAAAUUAGAUUUCCUUUAAGAAAAAUUGCGUUUGAAUGUAUUGAAACAAAAAGCAAUAGAAAAUCUCGUUGAAAUUGUAGGUGUUCAGGAGGUAAAUAAUGAAGACUGCCAUGUGUCUGUAAUGAGUCUGUAGGAGUGAAAGUAAAUCUACUAAAAGCUUUUUGUAUUUUUUCGAAAAUUGAAAAUAAACCCAAGAAAAUAAUGACAAUUCAAUGGCUUGGAAAUUCUAAUGAGGGAACUACGCUUACUACUAGUAAAGCUAUUAACUUAGUACAUUGCACGUUGAAAUUCAAAUUUUCAAUUACACUUCAAGUUUUGGCAGAACUGUUUUCAAUUACUUUACCACUUUUUAAUCAACUGCAAAAUCAAAAUUUGGUAGUCAUUAAAAAUGUAUAAAACUGUUGUAGAAGAGUUGUAAAAUAAAAACAAACAAAGUUCAAAGUUUUAGUUCGAUUUAUACCAAAUCAUUAACAUUCUCUGAUAUUCAUAAAAUAGACGUUAAAAAUAAAUCGAACGUUUAAAACAAGUUAAUCGCGAAAAUAUAUUGACCAAAAUCCCAAAACAAUAUUUUUGUUUUACCUUAUACUUACUCUUUUUGAAUUAUUUGAUAUUGGAAAUUGAAAAUAGAUUUUUUGAUCGCGGUCAUGAAACAAUUUAUUAUGUAUUUGCAAUAUUUAAUACAAUUUAUUUUACGCUAUAAUACAGAUAUCGAACAAAUUAUUGAAUCAGACAAGUUUUAUAUUGAUGAACUAAUUGGCUCAAUGUAACAUCUAUUUAUGGAAUUUGUAAUGUAGGUUGCCAUUUGAAAAUCAAAAAUAGGUAGUGGUUUUACCAUCUAAAAAAAAGAAGUGAUGUAAAAUUUUAAAGCUACUGAAUUUUCUAAAAAAACAAAUUCUGAAAAAAGUUAAUAUUUUUCGAGAGUGUUAUGUUAUAAAUAUAUAAGUAUAUAAACAUAAAUACAAUACAAAUUUGAUCAUUACUUUACGAAAUUUAAAUGGUUUGUAUACUUUUAGAGAGUUUCUAUACAUCCUAACGCAUUUGGAAGUAUAUUGUCUGGUGAAAAUAUUCUUCUGCACAUUUAUUAUAGUCCUAGUGCAAAAGAUUUACCCAAAAAUAUUUUUACGUUUGAAGACGAUUUUAUAUUGACAUGUUCUACAGUUGCUGGUUUGAAUGCUGAUAAAUUGAAUUCUAAAGUAACUAUGAUCGAAAUAUUUAGAUUAUAUAAUUCAGUGUCUGCAUAAAAUCGACGUUGAAUGCGAUUUAAAUAAAACAAAUGAAUAGCAGAGCUCUUUAGUAGAGUUCCGUCACUAGAGUUCAGCUUUCCCGUAGUUGACUUGUUGCCAUUAUAGUAUUUCAUGUUUUUUUUUUUAAUUACAGUGAUAAGGAAUUGACCAAAAAUGUUUUAUCUAAAUAUCUAAAGGUAAAAUAAUUCUCGAGAUUUUUGUUAACAUACGGUGGGGGCCCAACUACAUAUUUUGCAAAUGUAGGAACACUUGGAACCCCUUUGUUCUAUAAAAAUAAUUUAGGCAGGUCAUAUUUCAAAAUAUAAAAGUAGACAAUGCAUGCGAACCGUAUUACAAAAUUAAGGUAUUAUGAUAUUUUGAAAGAAAAUAGUUGGGAACAGAAAAAUAUUGUAUCGAUUUUCUGACAACUUCCAAUAUUCGUUAAGAUAAAUAGGUACAUAAUAUCACGGACUAGUCUGUAGUACAUAUGGACACAUGGUAGCUAACUGAGGUAAGAAUACAGUGUCCUCACUCUAGAAAAAACAAUGACAAAAACAUAGAUUGAAAAAAUAAUGGUGUAUUAUCAUGGACGUAAAAUCAAAGAACUGUAAACCGAUGAAUAUCUUAAGGACGUGACAAUUAUCAUUUAUUAUCUUCGUUAUUAUUACUUUAAAAAUAUUUAAUAGUUUUGAAUUAUUUACAGAUUUAAAAUAUAGACAAAUUAGUAAGUGAAAAGUGAUAGUAUUACGCCGCCUAGAUUACGCCUAUACUAAACUGCAUAAUGCCGAGGUGCAAUAAGCAUUGUGUGCGUAGGAAACUUACGGCACUCGGUAUGAACUCGGAAAGAACUUAUUUUUUGUACUUUUUUACAAAAAAAUUAAUAAAAUUAAAAAAAAAUGUCUAAAAGGACUUAAAUGUCUUCAAUGAACUUUUUCGUUUUAAGAAUGAAACGUUUUCCAAAAUUAUCUUAUUCCAAUUAUUCCCAAUUAUCACCUGACGUGGUUUUGCACAAAAAUAUCGAGGGAUAUUUUCGUAAAAAAAAGUGCAAAAAUUAAGUAGGCCUUUUUUGGUUUCGAACACGGUACUGCAAGUUUUUUAAGUAUGCCAUUGAUUAUUGUGCCACGGUAUAAUUAAAAUUGAAUUAAUCAGAACAAACGGGUCUGAAUGCACCCAUAUAUUUUGUAAAAUACGUGGUCCGAUUAUACCGCCUGUUUUUUUUGAAGACCUUCUGAAGACACGUAGAUAACAAUUAUAUUUAUAUAAUAUAUAAUAACAUACUCAAGUUAAUAACAUGAGUAUGUUGGGGUAUUUAAAACCCGGCAUUUUCUGUGUCAUGAUUUGAGAGAGGUUUGAAAGUUGUAACCACCAUAUAAAAUGCAUCUACAACCAAUAUUAUACACGGAUUUACUUGUAGGGAUAUACAAAUGUAUAAACUAUUCUCCUCCCGCAACAACAGUGAAAUUUAAAUUUAAAUUCAAUCAAAAUUUAAUAUCUUCAAUCUACCUAUAAAUAAACUAAAUUUGUUUAUUUAGUUCUUUUGGGCUAAAGGGAGCCUCGAAAACUGUCCAAAUAUAACAGAAAAUGUAUUUUUACAUAAAAGACACAGACAGUGCCAUAGUUUUUAUUUUUGGGGAAAAUUUGAUAAAAAUAAACCAUUAUUGUUAUUAUUAUUAAAUAUUACAAAUAUUAUUUUAAGAAUCAUUUUCAUAGGUUCACAAAUUUGUAACUGAAAAAAUGUCAAUAUCAAAUACAAACUCAACAUCGACAAUAAACCUAAAUCAGAUAUACGAAUUAGAUCAUGGUCCACAUAAGUAAAUUGCCUAACUAUUUCUUCGAUGAAAUAUUUUUUUUUCAAUAAUCAACUUAAAUUUAUUGUACGAAAUAGAAUACCAGCUAAUUCGAUAUUGAAAAACAAAGUAAAAUUAAAUUCACUAGAUAAAAAUACUAUUCUAAAAGAAGCUACUAUAAGGUGCCACGCACGUAUACAUGAUAUCCCCGUUGAACUUUCUGUUCAAAAAAUUGUGUUUGGAAAAAUUCAUUUUAAGUCUCAUUCAACUUACACAAUCGAAUUAAGGUAUAUUUCAAAUAAAUUAAAUAUGAUAAAAAUAUUUAUUAAAAAAUAAAAUAAACAUUCAUUUUUUUAUCAAAGAGCUUCAAAUUUGGCAUCUGUCAUUGAUCGGAAUACAUCAUAUCCUGAUUUUCAAAUAAGGUUUGAAUUUUGUUCUAACGAUCCUUCUAUUGAAUUUAAGCCAAAGAACGGAAAAUUACAUUCAAAAGAAGUUAAGUUUUAAGUUAAUAUAUAAAUAUAUUUUUUACAUGCAAAUUGCAAUAACUGUUUAGGUUAAAAAAAUCAUUGUUAUAUUUCGGCCCAAGCUUAACAACGAACUCGAAGAUAUAUUUAAAGAGUGUCUCGAAUCUGAGAUAACUGAUAUAGAAACUGAACGUAUUUUAGAAGACGAAAAUUCAUUCUUAAAUAAAGUAAAUUUAGUUUUUGUUAAUUUUCAAAUUAUCCGUAACGUUUUAAUCGAUCUGAUGAAUUUUUAGGUAUAUGGUAAUAGACCAUUUCCGCGUGAACAAGUCAAAAUAUUUGAAGCCACUACAAUAUUUUAUUCUUUGAUGACGGAUUUAACGAAAAUAGUCUCAGCAGUUUGUUUUAUACAGUUUGAAAAUCGAAAAUCAAUUGAAUAUUUUGGGUAAUUACCUUUUAUUUUUAACUCGUAAUCACCCUCUGUUCGCCCACCCUCUGUAGAUCGUCUAAUUAUAUGUAUGCAUUGUUAUUUAUUUUUUGGGUUUAAACAAUUUUAGAUUCUAAGUGUAGCGAAGAAUGUAUUGGUUUUACUAAGAUUUUUAUUUUUUUUAUCCUGUGUACAAAACAUUUUACCAAAAAUCUUUUUUAGAUAUAUGUAUAUACGCACGGCACCAUUUUUAAAAGGGAAUGUUGUCCAGAGAGGACUUUUGAGAGGUCAUUUUUUGAUUUUUCAAGCGCUCUUGUUAAUAUUUGUGAAACACCAGAAUAAAACGUAAAAAAAAAAAAAAAAACGGGAAAUUGACGAAAAUAAUGCUUUUAUUAUUUUUCAAUUUUGUUAUUUAUUAUAAUUCAGUCAAAAAUAUUCAUAUAGGCUUAAAAUUUGAACAUAAAACAUAUAUUUACCUUUUCUAGACGUGGUCAAAUUUCCAAACAUUUUAACCAUUGUUUGAAAUAUUUAUAGACAUUAUAAUUUUGAGAGUUUUGUAAGUAAUAUUUAUUUGGUAGGUACUCUGUCGUAAAAUUGUAAGACUUGAACAGAAACGCUUGAAAAUUUAACAGUAGGUUCAUUAUGAGUCAUACUUUGAAGUCAAAAUAAAAUGUUUUAAAAAACAUAGAGUUUAAUGUAGUAUUUUUUUUUAUAAAGGAAUUUUAACAAGUAUCAAAUUUUCUACGAAAAUCGUUUGAAUAAAAAAUAAUGUAGAACAAAUCUAAUUUUUCUUUCUAAUUUUUUUUUUCGAAAAUAUGUAUAUUGCUGAUUCAAGAACGAGGUAAAGUCAGAAUUAAGCGGACUGGUUAAGUUUCGAAAUCAUAGCUUUUUGAAGUUCUGAUAUUAUGUGUAUAUUAUAUUUAAUAUUAAACAAUUCUACAUUGUCCAAAAGGACAAUAUGCUAUAAAAAUAACAUAUUUGUCAUGAUCGAAUGGUUAUUUGUGCCUAUUUCCAUUGUAGAGUUCAAACCACUGUGUCCAAAAAAAGUUGUUUGCAUUUUUUUCUCCCUUUUAAUUAAACAGAAAAAAAAACAAAUGCAUUUACGAUGUACCUAGAGACAAAAUACCUCUCGAUUUGUUGUCCAAACUUUUCUACCAGAAAUCUUGCCCCGAUGUAUCAAGUGUACCUAUUUUCUGAGAGAAAAUUUUAUCUCCAUGGUAAUUUAGGGAGGUCAUUUUUUGAUUUGUUAAAUGGCUUUCAUAUUAUAUGGGAGAAACUAAGAACAAAUGUCGGAAAAACGGAAAUUGUACUAAAUGUAAGUAUUAGUAAAAAUACUUUUUUCUCUAUCAACAACUUUUCUACUAGCAAUUUUACUUCGAUUAACAAUGAUAGCACUUUUUUCUAUAAGGAAAUCUGACUGGGGAAGUAUUCUAAGAGGUCCUAGCAAAUGUGAAAAACUGAGAAAAACAAUGGGAAUACAGGAAAAACGGGAAAAUCGGUACAAUGUUAAACAAAUAUUAAAGAAAAAACAUAAUGCCUCUUUAAUUAGGUACCUAUUUUACCAUAAUAUGAAAUAUAUAUUUUUGACAAAGAAUCACUAUCAACUGAACUGCGCUCAGAAUCAUUUUUUCGUGCAAUGGUUUAUCGUUGUUUACAGGUAUACCCGUCUGAAUUUCCUGUCUGUACCCUACUUUUCCAAUUUCCUAUCUACAACACUGGUUACGCCCAUGUGCGAAGUAUGUCCGUCCUUUUUAUUAUUAAAAAUAUUUGUAGGGAUUUGAAAUUUUGACAAAAACUUUUUAUUUGUCUUUUAUAGACUUGAAAAAAUUUUCAAAAAAUUGUGGCCAUUUUUGAGUUUUCAUAGACAUUUUAAUUUUGCGAGUUUUUUUAAGUAAUAUUAUUUAAGUAGUACUUAAUAGUAAUUCGGUAGAUAGUCUGAUAAAAUUGUUAGACUAAACUGAAAUGCUUGACAAUUAAACAGGAGGUUGAUUAUAAGUUGUACUUAGAGGUCAACAAGAAAAACUUGAGUUUAAUGUAGUUUUCUUUUUCAAUGGAAUAGCUAAUUCCAAGGGAGACAAUUCCUCUUUAUCAUAUUAUGGAUUCAUAAAUUCUCAAUUAUAUCAAUAAAAUCAUUAACCUUUCCCAGGUUUACAAAAUCCAUUAAACAUGUAUCAAUACGACCCUUAAAUAUACUUCCACAAAUAAUCCCCAAAUACUUCAAUAAUUAAUCCAAAUAAUUCAUCAUAAUGCAACAUAAACUUAUAGUAGGGCGGCGACUUUGUUUGCUCUAGCUAUGUUCACUUUUCUUCCUCGACUGCUUCCUUGCUGUUGGGCUGUCACUGGGUUCUGUUGCACAAUUUUGGGUUGUAAUGCAGGUUUCCUUGAAGCUCGACGGUAGUCCUAAUGGAUUACUUUCCGUGACGUUGACUGCCAUGGAAAAGAAAACUGUUAUAAUUAUUAUUAUUAUUAUUAUUACUAUUAUUUAUACUAUUCAAAUUUUACAAUAGAACACAAUUAGUCCGCCAAAUGAAUAUGGGUAAAAUAAUAAUAAUAGCGGGACAGCUAGUAUAUAUAUAUAUGUAUGUAUAUAUAUUUUUAUAAAUUAUCCACUAAAUAAAACUUUAGGGAGUUAAAUUUUUGAUUUUCCCAGCUGUUUACAUAAUAAAUUGGAAAAACAUGGCAAAAACCGAGAAAAAAAACUGAAAAAUAGAUAAAAUAUUACACUAAUAUUUUUAAAGUUGUAGAGUUUAUAAAUUAAUACAAUAGAAUACAUGUAUAAUGAAUAAAAAAAUAUUCAGUAUUCCAAUAAAUAAUAAAAAUGGUAUAGUCAACAAGUAAGGAAAUAUAAAAUAAAUUUUAUAUAAAAAAUUUGAAUCAUACAUUUAAUAAAAAUUAAUUCAAUCGUUUUGAAGUCACAUUUACCUAUUACAGCGGUUUUAACAAGAUUUCCCCGGUCUUUCAAAUUUUCUGGAAAAACUUUUAAGAAAAUCGAAAAUUUAACUCCCAAAAGUACGAUCUCCAAAAAAACUUACUUUAAAAAAAGGGUCUUUAUCAUAUAGAGCUUAUAUAUAAGCUUUCUGGUAGAAAGUUUUCACAAAAAAAAAAAAAUUAAAAUAUGAAACUUCUUUAUAAAACCAGAGAUGCUAUAAUCAAUUUUUAGAAUAAUCACUUUUACACCUCAUUUGAAUUUGAAACUAAUAAGCUAUAUACGAUAAUACAUAAAAUAUAAUGGAUAUAGUUAGAAAAACUUUUAUAUGUAUACAAUGUAUGCAUUGUACUUUCAUUUUCAAUGUCAUUUUAAAAUAUGAUUACCUAUUGAUUUUGCGUCGUUCUCAGAUUCACAAGAAACGUAUACCCUUAAAAUACAUAUUUGUUGACAUGCAUAAUGUUUUAUGCUAUUUUAGAUUUGAUACGGAAUCAUUGAAGCUAAGUAUUAUAUGUCAGACAACAAAGCCGACAAUUAUCUUGUUUAGCGAUCGAAUAAAUUUCGGUAAAUGUACUGUGGGCGUCCGUCACAACGAAUGGUUGUUGGUACGAAACAUAAAUACGGAUCCGGUUCCAUUAAAGAUUUCUUUGCCGAACCCAGUCGGAACUUUCUUUUGUGCUUUCGUAAUAUACGACUAUAACUAUAACUCGAAAUAAUAAUAAUAAUACAAAUAUGAUGAUAAAUUAUGUUUUUAUAUAGGCUGUAAACGGUGAACAGUUACUCCUCCCUGGCUAUACCACGCCGAUCAACAUUUCCUUUAUACCUGAAAGUGAAACUACAGUGAGUAUAAAUAUAUAUAUAUGUCCACCUUACUUUUAUUGUUUUAUAGAGUUUUGGGUUUUAUUUAUAUUUAUAUUAUAUUUUAUGUUAUAUUUUAUUUGAGUUUUAUGGGUUUUUGUGAUAUCGAGACGAGUUAAAAGUAGAAUAUUCGAAAAUUGAAAUGUACUUCAAACUGCGGGAGUAUUAUAAUAUUUAAUGCGUACACUUAAACAAAUUGCAGUUAUAUUAUUGAUAAAUCGCUGGGUUAGAAUACAAUUUUAAAACAUUAACAUUCCUAUUUUUAGAUUCUGAGUGGAACGAAGAGUAUAUGGUUUUUACAAAGAUUUUAAUGUUUUUUCUGUGGACAAUUUUUCUGCCAGUGAACUUGCUUCGAUUUUUACGUAUAGUACCUUUUCUGGGAGGAAAUCGGUGUGGGGAGGUCAUUUUUCGAUUUUCUAUACAAAUAUGAUAAACCAAAAAAAAAAACGGGCAAAUAUAAGAAAUGUAAAUUAUUAGUUAAAAUUAUUACCCUUCUUUUUACCUAUGGACAACUUUUCUACAAGCAAUUUUGUUCCAUUAUAUAAUAUUAGCAAUGUUUAUAAAAGGCAAUUUGACUGGGGAAGUACUGUAAAUAGAUCAUAUUUCAAUUUUCUCAAGAAUUUCCCAGCAAAUGUGAAAAACCAGGCAAAAAUAGGGGAAAACUGGGAAAACAUAAGAAAAACGGAAAAGUCGGUACAUUAAAUAAAUAAUAUUAACGAUAAUAUAUAAUAGCUAUUUAAUUAUUUUACCAUAAUAUGACAAAUAUAUAAUUGACAAAAAAUGACUAUCACUGUUUAGAAUCAUUUUUUCGUAAGUAGAUGGUUUAUUGUUUCUUACAGAUAUACAUUAAAUUACCUACAACAGUGGCUGCACCCGUCCCCCCAUUAUCUAAAAACAUCUUUUUUAAUUUUUAUUUAACACCAUCUAGUGUAAUAUUGAGGUUUAUAAUAAUUUAUGUUAAGAGACUUCUACACAUAAUUUUUAUGUUAAAUUAUAAUAAUACUUAAAACAAUUAAAAAAACAGUCAAAAUAGUAUUCUAGUCGGGAAUAUUUGGGUAACAAGAAAUUGUUUCUAGUGUUUACUAGUUGUAAAUUGAAUACUCACUUAAAUCUAUAAUUUUAGAUUAAAAUUAAUUUUGUAUUUUUAUGUGGUUUUUGUUUUAUGGCCGUAAGGAAAAUGAAAUCUUGGAAGUCAUUUCAGGAACAAUACGACUAAAGGUCAAUUUGUCCGGUGGUGGCAUCUGGCCAUCAUGUCAAAUUACACCGGAAGAUACUUUCAACAUAAUACUUACAACCCAUGAACGCUCAAAUAAUACAUUUAUUUUCCGGGUAAUUAUUAGUCUAAUGAUUUUAGAUUCUUAGUGGAGCGAGCGUAUUGGUUUCAUAAAAAUGAUUAUUUUUAUUUGUUUAUUUUUUUUAAUCUGUGAAUAUAUUUUCUACCAGAAACAUAUUUCGAUACUCAAGUGUAACAUCUUUUAUUUUUUGAACCAUUGGACCUUCCAAGAGAAUUUUAUAAUAAACGGGAAAAAACGUGGGAAAAAUGGGAAAAUUUAUGAAAUGUAUUAUUUUGUUGCGAUUCGGUAACAAAUAUUCAGAGACUAAAAAUUUUCAAAACCAUUUUAGCCAAAAUGAUUUAUAAUUUAACAGAAUGUUUAUUAUAUGUCAUAUUUUAUGCUCGAGGAUGUAAUGUUUAUGAUAGUUGUAAAUAUUACGGCCUUUUAAAACAUGUAUAAUUGAACACCGCUCAGAACCGUUUUUGUUAGUAAUAAUUGCGUACAGAUAUACAUUAAAUAGAGGGGACAUUUAAUAAUGUCAACCUUGUGGUGAGAUAAGAAUUCAUAAAUUUUAUAAUUGUUCUUUUUGAUGCUGUUUGAUAGGUAUUAACCAUAAUAUUCCAGUUAACUAGUUUGAUUUCAUUUGGCUUAUUAUUAUUGCCAUUUUUACCGGGGAAAAGAUUGAUUUCAAUUGAGUUUAUAUUCUCAAUAAAUUGUAAUGCUAUUUUUUGUAGAUUUUCAUUUGAAAAUUAACCAAGAAUAUAUAUUUUCAUUAAUAUGAGUAGUGUGAAUAUAAUUUAUUUUUUUCUUUCAUUAAAUCUACAUUUAAGGUCUAUAUAUAUAAAAAUGUCAUCGAAUAGCUUACAUACAUUUCAAUUUUUCAAUAUUAACUGUUUCUAUUACUAAGCUACAUGAAAAAUAACUACCUCUAGCUAAUGCUCUAAAUAUAUUUGAAAAUAUAGAAAAAGCAUUUGAAACUUUUCAAAGGCAUAUUGGAAAAGCUAUUUUACCUAAUUUUACCAAAAUCGUUAACAAAAAUAUCGGCCUAAAUUAAAUCUACAUUUGAUGCCAAAUUUGGGGUUUUUUGAAUAAAGUUAUUUGCAUUUUUGUAAUUUUUGUUGUUUCGGUCCCUAAUUUAUUAUAAUUAAUAAACUUGUAUCCAUUUAAAGUGUAUUUAAUAAACUAUUAUCAUUAGUAUUUAAAGUAGAAUAACUCGAAUACUUUAAGUUUGAUUACAAUACAUCAAAAUUUUCAAAAAAAUAAUUUAAAUCAUAAUUUGUAUUAGAAUGUAUGUAUUAUAAAUAAUAGUGAACUUUUAUACACAAUUACUGUGUAUCUAAAUAAAUUAAUAUAUUUAUACUUUAAUUUAUAAUACUACGCAGGUGACCAAUACCAGCGUGGUCGGCGUCCGGUUUAACGUAGAACUAGAUUGGGCUAAAGAACGUUUGGAACCUAUGCUGGAUGACGAGGCGUCUGAGUUUGGGGAAAUGUUACGGUCGUGGGUAUCAGAAGACCAGCCACCAUGGUUUGACGGACCUGGGUGGACUGGAUUGCAGGAGAGCAAUAACAACGUGUUUGACCUGGGAAACGGCGGUCGACCGUUGUGUUUCAGUCUGGAUCCGGAUGGGGUCCAUCAAAUCACAGUGACUUUCAAUCCUCCACCGGUUACAAACCAGCAAACAGUACGGAGGUUAGACUAUAGCCAUGAUGAGGAAGACUACAAUAGUUCUUCCGAGAUAUUUUGGUGUCGAGUCUACGCAGCUAUGCUCAACGUUCACGUCGGCCGCAAAGUACUCAGGCAGUUUUACGUUAUCAGUUUCGUUGAAAUGAAAACGACCAUCCACAAAACUUCGUAUACAACCCCGAUUCCUAUCAACUAG